GCGGCGGCUGCCGGAACGCGGACAGGGGGCGGUCAGGGGAGGAGAGGCGGCCACGCGGAUGAUGACGGGGCUGGUGGGCAGCCCGGUGGCUGCCGUCAUGCAGGAGAACUUCGGGUGCUCCGUCGCCAAUCGCUUCUACCAGCUCCUGGACGACGAGUCGGACCCGUUCGACGUCCUGCGCGACGCCGAGCGCCGCCAGCAGCAGAAGAAGAAGCGUGACGAGGCGGUGGCCGCUGCCAGGAGAGCCGUGCCCGGCGGUCGGGCUGGCGGCGGCAAGAGGGACGCCCCUAAGGAGCGCAAGCAGCCGGAGGUCUCCCCUGGACUCUCCCCUGCGGCCCUGCCGCAGCCAGGCCCAAAGCGAGCACCCAGGCAGGGAGAACGACAAGGGUCUGCUAACGGAAGUACAGAGGGGAAGCAAGACAAAACUGAAUGGAGACCAUCUUUCAGGGAAUACUGUCCCUAUGGAACACAAAGACAAGUGGAAUUCUCAGUGGAACGACUAGUGGAAAGAUUAGACUAUGAAAGACCAGUAAGAGGUCGUGGUGGAGGAAGAGGCAGAAUGAGAGGCAGAGGAAGAGGUCGUGGAUUAAAUGGAAGUUCUGAUAGAUUUGACCAAAGAAGAAAACGGGAACCUGUAAGACAAAGUGGGCAUGAUAAAACUGGGACAGAACAGACUGCAUCUAUGGAGGAGACAGUGGAAACUCCUGAACAGCCAGGGACAUCUGAAGGAGAGCCUCUGAGCAAAGCUGCUGAAAGAGAGCCAAUGGAAGAAGUGGUUCAAGAAAUGACAUUAGAUGAGUGGAAGAAUCUUCAGCAACGGAAUCGACCAAAACCUGAAUUCAACAUCCGGAAGCCAGAAUCCACUGUUCCUUCCAAAGCAGUGGUUAUUCACAAGUCAAAAUAUAGUGACGAUUUGCGAAAAGAAGACUUUGAAGAUGAUUCUCAUGUCUUUCGAAAACCAGUGAAUGAUAUAACUUCUCAGUUGGAUAUUAAUUUUGGGAAUCUUCCUCGCCCUGGCCGUGGAUCAAGAGGAGCACGAGGUGGUCGUGGUCGUGGCAGAAGACCUGAAGAGACAGGACCUCGACCAGAAGUAGUGGUACAGCUUGUUCCUCCAAAUCCUGAUGAUCCUGAGGAUUUUCCAGCUUUAGCUUGAAGACCCAUUGUGAAUGGUGGUAUCUCAAAGUUGCUUUGUAACUAUGAAGAGACCAGUUCUAUGCUGGUGUGGAUUAAGGAAGCCUGUUUCCUUCUGAAAAGUUUUUUGGUGUUUGGUGUGGAAUGAUUGCAGCUGUCUGCUGAUAGAGUUGGGUUCUGGAAACAUGGGUGGACUGGGGUCCUGUCACAGGUUCCAAUGUCUGCCUCUAUUUGUGAAACUUAUGGGAAGGCUUACAGUACUUCCCUAUUAGGCUUCAAGUGAAGUUAAAGGGAAGAGUGUUUAAAAAUGUAUAUAUAGAGAUUAUAUCAAGUUCUCCAUGACACCAUGGUGAAAUGUAAACUGUACAACAUGAUCUACAACUGGGACUUAAUUUCACUGUACAUUUGAAAGCUGUUUCCUUUGGGUGAAGUGUAUAUUUCAGAUAGUUGCAAGUUGCAGUUCUUCAGAGUCUGGCAAAUAAAGAGAAGUGCACAUUG